AUGCAGAGAGAGAGUGAGUGAGAGAGAGAGUAGUGCACAAGUUUUGACAAUCAUUUAUGCCCAUUUAUGCCCUGAGAGAGAUAGAGAGAGAGAGGGGUAGUCUUGUCAAGCUCAAGCCAUCCAUAUCUUACUGCAUUUGGGCCUUCUUCUCUUUAACUUCACCUCUGUGAAGUUUCCAGAGGAGAAACCCAGCAGCUCGCCCUUCACAUAGUUCUCUUUUUGAGUUUUUACACGCGCGCACGCAUAUAUAUAUGAUUCCACCCUCCUCCUACUCAACCUAUAUAUGAUGCAUUCCUCAAGUUCUGCUCUUGGAGACGAGUAAGACUGAGAGGGGUUUUGGUGUCUCCAAAUAGGGCCCGAAACGAAAUAAUGCUGAGGGAAAGGAGCAGAUUGCAGCAUCAGAAAGAUCAACAGAUAAUAGGUCACCUAAUCUCUGAUAGUGAUUCCGAGUCUUGCGUUCAUCAAUAUGAUGUUUUGGGGCACAAAAAGAAAACCAAUUGUGUUUUGAAUGCCCCUGGCGUGUUUGUGGGGUUCAGUCCCAAGGCCUCAGAAUCUGAUUCAGUUAGAAGCCCUACUUCUCCAUUGGACUUUAGGCUAUUUUCAAAUCUAGUAAACCCAUUUAGGUCCCCAAGAUUGGCCCCUGAGCCCGAGGGGCAUCACAAGAGCUGGAAUUGCAGAAAAGUAGGGCUCCGGAUUAUAGAUUCUCUUGAUGAUGAUGCACCACCCUCGGGGAAAAUUCUCCGGUCAUGGGAUGGUAGGAAUAUUCUCCUUGCACCGCAUUGGAGCAUCAGAAUGCCAAAUUUUCAAACCCGGAUUGAUUCUUCCGGAGCACCCAAGUCACUGCCCAAAAACUAUGGAGUUUCUGGUCGCCCCAGGGUUAAACCGCCAAAUCUCCAAAUGGGUGACUCCGAUGUCUUGUCUGGCAUCAGAGAAACCCCAUUUGAACCCGAACCAUUCGAAAAGGUCCUGUCUUGUUCACUGGACUCUGCAAGGUCCUGGUCCCUUGUAACCACUUCAACCAACCAUAGUAGUAGUAGUACCAAUUCGAGUUCUGGGAAUUUCGGUCCUGGAAAUGGAAGAAACCCAGAAAACUCGUCAGCCACGAAGCUGAAUCCCGCAUCUAUUUCCAUCAGCUCAGCCCAAUGUUUUACCGGGUCGCUCUCUGCCAGCGAGAUUGAGCUCUCUGAAGACUAUACUUGUGUAAAAACAUACGGCCCCUACCCAAAAACAACCCAUAUUUUUGGCGACUGUAUUUUUGAAUGUCACGACAGCACCAUAACCGGUUCUCCUAAAAAACUGAAAACAGCUACCGAAUGCCCUGCUUUCUAUCCCGCCGGUGACUUUAUGAGCUGCUGUUACUCCUGCAAGAAGAGACUAGAGGGAGAGGACAUUUACAUUUACAGGGGCGAGAAAGCAUUUUGCAGUGAGAGCUGCAGGUCGCAGGAGAUUUUGAUGGAGGAGGAGAAGAAAGGCAUGGACGUUUCUUCUUCUCCUAGAAACUCGGACAAGGAGAAGAGUGAAAGCAGCAGCAUGUUUUUUGUUACAUGAAUAUAUAUAUAUAUAUAUAUUAAGGUUGCUGCUUCAACCACCAUGGAUGUUCGAUGUGAGCAUUAAUAAUGUAAUAUGUUUUUCCCUUUGCUCAUUGUAAUUCGUCGUUCAUGAUCUUAGUGGUAGAAGCGCCACAAGUUUUUGACUGAA